AGGGCGGAGUCAGUUUUAAAGCUGCUUGUCUCGGAGGAGCUACUGUAUUGAACCCGGGGAUACUUUACCACUUCAAGUCGAGUUUCGUUGUUGUUGUUUCCCUCCCAUACGGACCUUUAUUGUGGAUUCUCACUGAACUUUACGUUCAUUCCCAUUUACUCGACACGACGGGGAGAUCCAACUCAAAUACCGGACAUUGACACCUAAACAACAUCUUCUGCCGAUUUAAACAGAGUGAAGAUCAACUCGGCAACGGCCGUUUGGAUUCAGUGUAUAAGUGGGGCUGAGGGCUCCAUACCAUUGUCAGGAUGAAAAGGUUCAGGCGACAUGGCCAGGAGUCCCAGAGAGAUAGACUCAAACAGGAACUCUUCCAGUUCAACAAGACUGUGGAGCAUGGCUUCCCUCACCAGCCCAGUGCUCUGGGCUACAGUCCUUCUCUGCAGCUGCUGGCCAUUGGUACCCGUUCAGGAGCCAUCAAAUUGUAUGGAGCCCCAGGUGUGGAGUUCAUGGGUCUACAUGAUGAGAAUGCCGCAGUCACUCAAGUGCACUUUCUCCCCCAUCAGGUUGAACUGGUGACCCUGCUAGACGACAACAGCUUGCACAUGUGGACUUUGAGAGCCCACACAGGACUUUCAGAACUUCUAGAGAUAGGACGCUUCACUCUCACUGGUCCACCUGGUGCCCCACCAAGUGUGACCAGGGUGACAGCGGUGCUGGCCCACUCUUCUGGAGAGCUGUUGCUCCUGGGAACUGAGGGGGGUCAUGUCUUUAUAGUUCAGGUGCCUGGCUUCAGAGAGCUUGAAGAGAGGAACAUAAGCCUUGCUGAAAUUACCAACAGUCAGCUGCACUUUCCGGCUACUCAGCAACUGGAGAGUCUGUGUUGGACAGAGGACAGGGGAUACAUUCUUAGUUCCCACAGCGAUGGUAGCUAUUGUCGUUGGCUGUUUGGUGAGGAAGAUGGAAAUGAGGUGGAGAAGUCAGACAUUCCUUAUGGACAUUUCCCUUGCAAAGCCAUUUCUAAAAUAAUUCAGCUGCCUACAAAGACAGGGGCGCCAUUCCUCUUCUUCAGUGGCGGCAUGCCCAGGGCAAGCUUUGGGGACAGACACUGCAUUACUGUCAUCCACAAUAAAACACACGUUGCUUUGGACUUCACUUCCAGGAUCAUUGACUUCUUUAUCAUCAAAGAUGGACAACUUCGCACUGGGGAUCCCAGCGCAUUAGUGGUCUUGGUUGAAGAGGAGUUGGGGGUGAUUGACCUCAAGUCAGAAGGAUGGCCAGUCAUUCAGACACCUUACCUGGUUCCACUACACAGUUCAGCAAUCACCUGCUCACACCAUGUCUCUGCCAUCCCUCUCAAACUGUGGGAGAGAGUUCUCGCCGCUGGAGAGCUCCAGAAGACAAAUUACUCCAAAAAGCCAUGGCCGAUAACCGGAGGGAAGAACUUGGCCCCAGAUCCUCCACAGAGAGAUCUUUUGCUCACAGGGCACGAGGAUGGAACCGUGCGGUUAUGGAAUGCCUCAGGAGUCUGUCUGUACCCCAUGUACAAAUUGAGCACAGCUGGAGUCUUCCACACAGACACUGACCCCAAUGACAACUUGCAUCAAGGUGCUGAAGGAGAUUGGCCACCUUUCAGAAAGGUUGGCUGCUUUGACCCCUACAGCGAUGAUCCAAGGCUUGGCAUCCAAAAGAUCCACCUUUGUAAAUACAGUGGUUGUCUUGCUGUGGCAGGAACAGCCGGACAGAUUCUUGUGCUCGAGCUCAAUGACGAGGCAGCAGAACAUCCUGUGGAAGCGAAAGUUGUGGAUUUGCUGCAAGGCCAAGAAGGUUUCCGUUGGAAGGGGCACACGCGUCUUGAUGUUCGAGAUGAGCCAGUCCGUUUUGAGGCAGGCUUCCAGCCCUUCACUGUUGUGCAAUGUCAGCCUCCUGCCGUGGUCACCGCUCUUUGUCUUCACUCCGAGUGGAAGCUGGUUGCUUAUGGCACCAGCCAUGGCUUUGGAUUAUUUGAUUACCAACAGAAAAUCAAUGUCUUCAUCAAAUGCACUCUCAACCCCAGUGACCAGCUGGCCAUGGAGGGUCCUCUGUCUCGGGUGAAAAGCAUUAAAAAAUCACUCCGGCAGUCCUUUAGACGAAUAAGGCACAGCAGAGUCUCACUACGGAAACAUCAAGUCAACAAUGCUGCCAAGCUCCAGGAGGCAAAUGCUCGUUUGGAGGCGGAGCUAGCCGAGAUGGAGUUAGCUCCUGUUCAAAGGAAGAUUGAGGCUCGUUCGUCAGAUGACUCUUUUACCGGUCUGGUGCGGAUACUUUACUUUGCUGACACCUUCCUCUCAGACAGUUCACAUAAUACACCUUCGCUUUGGGCGGGGACCAAUGGGGGUUGUGUAUAUGUAUUCAUACUCCGGCUUCCUUCUGUCGAGCAUCGGACAGAUGAGCCCAUCACUGCACACCCUGCAAAAGAAAUCCAGCUCAUGCAUCGGGCCCCUAUUGUUGGCCUCGUAGUAUUGGAUGGUCACGGGACUCCUCUCCCUGAGCCGCUGGAGGUCGCCCAUGACCUUGCUCGUUCGCCUGAUAUGCAGGGGUCCCAUCACCUUGUUGUUACAUCUGAGGAACAGUUUAAGGUAUUCACCCUUCCUAAAGUGAGUGCCAAGAUGAAGCUGAAGCUAACAGCUAUGGAUGGCUCCCGUGUACGGCGGGUUGCCGUGGCAUGGUUCGGCAGCAGCCAAUCAGAGGACUAUUGCGAGAGUGCCCUGGUGGUUUUGACAAAUCAAGGCGACCUUCAUGUGAUAUCCUUACCAGGGGUGAAGCUGCAGGUGCGUUUCCCCUGCAUCCGCAAAGAAGAUGUCAGCGGCAUUGCUUCAUGUGUCUUCACAAGACAUGGCCAAGGUUUCUACCUCAUCUCUCCGUCUGAGUUUGAGCGCUUCUCACUGUCCAGUCGUUUCCUCGUGGAGCCUUGCUGCCUUGUGGAGGUUCCACUUUCCUCACAUGCCUCCAUUCAAAGCAGGCCAAAGCCGGACGGAAUUUUAUCUGCCUACAGGGAAACCAGCCAAGAAGCUGAGGAUUCAGAUAUUUCUGCUAGACGUGUGAUGGAGCAUGCUUUGCUGAAUGAUGAGAAAGUGCUGCAUGAGAUUCAAAAGUCACUGGAAGGUGACCAUGUUUAGAUUGUUGACCAUCCGAUCAGC